GGUUAUGUUACCUUUUCUGACAGUUAUUUGUUGUGAUUUUGAUUUCUCCAACAAUAUUCUGAUAUCUGAUAAGGGAUACCAUCAUUACUACCUCGAAUUCAAUGAAUAACAUUCUUUCUCCCAAAACAGUCUGUAAUAUAAUAUUAACCAUUGUAGUUCUGGUUACCUGGUAUCAUUCCAUAAGAGUUAGUAAAUAUACAUCCAAGAUAACUUGCGAUCAACAUGCCUUUUUCUGCUGAUGCUAUCGCAGCUCAACAGGUACAAGAACGUUUGAAAUCUAUCCACCAACUCGUGCAAGAUAUCGAGAAAAAAAGACAUGCUAGCGAACAGGGUAUAAAUAAUCUCCAGAAAGCUCAGGAUGCACAAGACGAUAAGAAUUCACAUACACAGAUGAAGUUGAAGAAUCUGUAUAAAUCGGCUAUAAAUCAAGCCGAACAAGAGGAAGAAAGUAUAAGAGCAGCUCUUCAAAAAAUUGCUGAAAUUAGAAACAUCAGGAAUGAAAGACGUAUCCAGGCUCGCAAUGCUGGAAAUAAAGAAUCUAUUCGGCAAGGGGCAUGGAUGAAGAUGCUUUCUCAUUCAGCACAAACACUUCCAUUAUUUGUUGGAAAAAUCAAUGAGAAACCUCCAGCACUUUGUGGGGCAAUACCAGCACAUUCCUUCUAUGUAGCCAAGGUUGGCGAUAUGGUAGCAGCCCUUGUUAAAGUAACUGAAGGGGAAGAGAACUGGAUACUGGCCGAAGUUGUGAGCUAUAAUCAGCAUACCAAUAAAUACGAAGUGGACGACAUCUUGGAGGAACAAAAUGAAAAGGGUAGACAUUGUUUGAGUAAGCGUAGGGUAGUACCAUUGCCUUUGAUGAGGGCUAAUCCUGAAACAGACCCUUCAGCACUCUUCCCCCAAGGAACAAUCGUGAUGGCUCUCUUUCCCCAAACCUCAUGUUUUUAUAAAGCUAUCGUUAACAAACCUCCAGCCACUCAUAUGGAAGAUUAUGAAAUACUCUUUGAAGAUCAAACAUAUCAAGAAGGUUACAGCCCACCACUUCUUGUUGCCCAGAGAUACGUUAUUUCUGUUAAGCAGAAACAGAAAAGUUAACAGAGAAGAGUGAUCAGUAUUUAUUUUUUUAUAUAGGUUUCUGUUGUUUUGUUUCAACUUGUCAAUAGGUUUCAUAGAGUUAAGAAAAACACAUGGUAUUGA